CUAUUAACAACUACCUCCAAGUUUGAAGUGGCAGGUCGGAUAGUUGACAUCGCGUCGCCCGCUGACAUUCGGCAACGGUGGGGCCCUGGAUUUCGGAGACAACAGACUGUUGAGGAAGCUCGGCACGACGACAAUAUGACGAAGGGCCGAUCAGCCAUCUCGGGGCCAUACAUCUCCAGUCAGAAUAAAAUGCGGGGA